CGCGAACAUCCCAAGAACGCGACGUCUUUUAUUUCCGGGUGCAUAUUCGAAUAUAAUUUCCCCCGCCCGGCCUGAUCGAAUUAACGGGGUAAUUGCAGGGCCAAGAACAAAAACCAAUCUAAAGGCGGGCGAACAAAAGGAAAGAUCGCCGCGUUAGCGCGCGGGGGUCCGAGAAAAGGUGAGACAGAGCGUCAAACAGAAUGUUCGCUUUGUUCUCGGUGUCCAGCAAGAAGAUAAUUUCCCAAGGGUUAAUUCCUUCCACGAUUUCUCGGGGCGCCUGACCGGGAAAGGGAACGCGAAGGGCACGUUAACACUUAGCUCGAGCGACAAAGGUCCAAUUCCUUGUCCCCACGGUGUCCUGGCGCGACAAUGGGAACAGAACGCUCGAUGAAAAGUACUCGGGGCUUAAGGAAGGAGAAUUCCCUGUCAAGGAACACCGGUGUGAGAAAGUGUGAAGACUGAAGGACUUGGAGUGGGGGGAGUGGUUGGGUAGGAGAAGCAGGAGGUGGACGAAGGGGUAAGAAUCCGUGGAGAACGGGGAUGCAACGAGGCUGCAAGUCAAGCGAGAAUCUAAUUUCCCGAGACAAAUCCUUAAAUGUACCCUGGAGCCUAGCAGGAAGGCGCGAGUCAGGUCACCGGCUGGAAUGAGCUCGCGUCUAGCACCCGCGACGACGACCUUUAACUCGGUUCGCCAAUUUUGCAUCUCCAUAACCUCGCGAGAACGCGUCAUUAAGUUCAUUCACGCGGGGAAUGCGGUGAAUCGAAAGCACGAACCGCCGCCGCGUUAUCCGUGGAAUGUAAAAUUGUGAUAAAACAGUUACGCCCGAUUGAAAUCCUCGCUUGCCGUCUGCGCCCGAGGGCGAACUUCGGGACUUUCGGUUAAUGCGAGGAUCCGUCGCGUGCUCGAGAUACGAUUCCACCACCGAACGAGCCUUUACCGCGAGAAAGCACGAGUCGCGAAGAAAUUAUUGGCGAACGCUGCGGUGUUCGAUCUUGUUAGGCUCUUGCAGUGUAAUUUUUUUAAAUACUUGAAUUUAUCCCAAUAGCGAGUUAGAAGAACGAAUUCGCUAAUGAUCUUCUUCGUUUCAAUUGUAUAUUAAUGCGCACCAAGAUGAAAUUCUUUACAGUCUCUUGUGUUCCUAAUUAACAAUACUAUUAUUACGACAAUGUGCGUAUGGUGAUUAUGAAAAUGGCUCGAGUCAAAUUUAUAGCUCAUUUUAUGUUGAAUUUGCACUCAUCGAUCUACAUUUGAAUAGCAUGGAACAAUUUUGGAAGAGCAGUGUAAUAUCAGCGUGCUAGACGACGUUGAUAAUCGUGUCUGAGUUACCUCAGAAAGGAAAUAUUUAUUCUCAUUUUACGUCCACAUUAAUCCUAUGUAAUAAUGUAAAAAUAAUAUUAAUUGAUUGUUAACGAGACAGAAGAAAAUAAUCCAUGACUUAGGCUAUUUUCAUCAUCAUCACCACACGUAAUAACAACUUCCUCAUCGAGCAGUAUUUAUCGUUAACGAUUUAAUUUUCUACAUGUUUACCUAUCGCAACUGUUAAUCCGAUCUUAAGACCAAACGAAAAGACCUGUGCCGUAUAGUCAUGCUAAAAAAUGAAGCCACUAUGCUAAUGAAACCACGUUAUUCGAUGAAAAUCUUGCAGGGAGGGCAUGCCGAGUGUCUUGUCUUGGGAGGAUACAUGUAGGCAACGACGACAACGAAUGGUGUAAUUUUGGGCCCAAUGGCAUUUCUUUUUUCUGUUCUGUAUUCCAGAGUGCAUGAUGGACGACGGGAGCACCAGUGCCAUCUUCUGGAAGUAGGAGGCACCGGUGGCGGCCGCUGAAGACAGAAAGCUGUUCGUGGGAAUGCUCAGCAAGCAACAGACAGAAGACGAUGUCAGGCAGUUGUUCACUGCUUUUGGCACAAUAGAGGAGUGCACCAUCCUCCGAGGACCCGACGGCAGUAGCAGAGGCUGUGCAUUCGUAAAACUUUCGUCACAUCAAGAAGCGCUAGCGGCAAUCAAUUCCUUACACGGUAGCCAAACUAUGCCGGGUGCAUCAUCCAGCUUAGUGGUAAAAUUCGCAGAUACUGAGAAAGAGAGGCAAAUAAGACGCAUGCAGCAAAUGGCCGGGAACAUGAGUCUCAUUAACCCUUUCAUGUUCAAUCAGUUCGGCGCUUACAGCGCUUAUGCUCAGCAGCAAGCAGUUCUCAUGGCUGCUGCGACGGCACAAGGGACGUACAUCAACCCGAUGGCGGCGUUAGGUGGACAAUUGCCGCACGCGUUGAACGGCAUGCCAAAUCCCGUCGUACCACCGACUUCCGGUACCGGUACAGGGCAGCCAGUUAACGGGGCGAUACCGUCGUUACCGUCGCCAACGAUGCCCAAUUUCAACAUGGCUGCACAAACACCUAACGGUCAACCAGCAACCGCGGACGCAGGUGUCUACACCAACGGGAUAGCGCAGACCUAUGCGGGACAUGCCCUCCAUCUGUCCAUUCCAGCACAAGGGCUGGCCAAUGGGGAGGCGGCACUCCAGCAUGCCGCCGCGUAUCCAGGAAUGCAACCCUACACCGGUGUCGCUUAUCCCGCCGUCUACAGCCAGUUUCCUCAAGCUAUUCCACAGCCGAUGACUGCCGUGGCACACACGCAGAGGGAAGGAUGCUCUAUCUCAGGACCUGAAGGCUGCAACCUGUUUAUCUAUCACCUGCCACAAGAGUUCGGAGACACCGAGCUAAUGCAGAUGUUCCUCCCUUUUGGCAACGUCAUAUCCUCCAAGGUUUUCAUCGACCGGGCCACCAACCAGAGCAAAUGCUUCGGUUUCGUGUCGUUCGACAAUCCAGGAAGUGCGCAGGCAGCAAUUCAAACGAUGAACGGCUUCCAGAUAGGGAUGAAACGUUUAAAAGUCCAGUUAAAGAGGCCCAAGGACGCAAACCGGCCAUACUAACCAAAGUCCUAGCUUAGAGAAACUGGACGAUAUGCACCGUACAUCGUAACCUACAGAAUGUCGUACAAGAACACGGGCUCAUUGAACGCUCGACGAUCAGAAGUGACGAGUUUGAAUCACCGUUACAACGCUCUCCACUAUAAUAAUCUAGUAUACUAGUUAGACAAUUAAUUAGAGGAUAAAAAUUAGAAGUCAGCUCGACUUCGUCUGCAGUCACACGGCGAGAACGAAGAGGCUGAUGCUAAAGAUUAUCGGAUGUCCAGCACUGACAACUGAGUCCGAAAUACCAAAUGCGAGUACGAAUGCACGCUCGACGUUCUCGGAUGUUCGGACGGAUCGAGUCGACAACUAAGAAACGGCGUCACAAUUAACGACAUCCUUUUCGUUGCGUCCUCUACCUCUAGUUCUCUUCAACAUAUUUAUUUCAAUCUUCAUGUCUCGAACCCUACUGCCAAACGAGUACGGUACCAAACGGAAUCCCCAUUCGUUGCACGUUCCGUCGACGAUUCGGACGUCCGAACAUUCGGGAAGCCCCUAUUCGGGAGCCUAGAGUCUCCCGUACGGGCGAUCAUUCCGACGACACGUUAACUUCUAGUUUAAUAAUUACGAUAAACAAAGACGGGUGACCUUUCAACAAUAACCAAAGAGAGCUCUCAGUUCCUGAUGCAACGGUGUGGCGACUAUCGUCCGACCAACCGUUAAGAAAAGAGUUAACUAUUACGGCGAUUCGAUCCACCGAGAGACGGAUACCUCUUCGGCCUCUCAGGGCACGCGAAUCUCCAGGCAGCGUUCAAAUUUAUUCGUUUAGCCGAGCAACUUUCGCCCAAUUUUAGUUUCGAGCGUGAGCAAAUCGUCGAAUCCGAUGGGAUGUCUCGGCUUCGGUCUGGAAACGCGCGACAUCGCCGUCGUUUCGAUACAUCGUCGUCGUUUUCGAGCGUCGAUGUAUCGGUUGGGACUUCGCAGAAGAUCGACGGCGAGGUCGUAAACGCGUUCUUUCGAACGCAAACUUGUCAAUCACGUAUACAGGGUGCUCGUCUUACGCAACAUCCAAGAGUUUCGAGAAACAACGUACGAACACGAACAAGUGCACGUUCACGUACGCGUACACUCCUAUGUACACGUGCAUAGAUACACUCGAUACACUAUUCGUCAAAAGUAUAUAGAUCCUCGAGAAACUUGUCAAAUUUUGAAAUUCCUUAGCUUUGAUCAAAAUCGUGCAAGACUAUUGAGUCGAUAAUGGAAUGGAAGAUUGAUACUUUUGCUUUUUCGCCUCUUUCCAUCCCAUUUGAAUAAUUACCAAUAUUAUAAUAAAUCUAAAAAUUGUUAGCAGCAGCCUAUCAAUCUGUCAAACACUAAACAAUCGUUCACACUUUAACACAUCUCUAUUUUGAACAAAAAUUUACUUCCGAAACAUUGAUUAUAUUAAAAUUGACCAAGUGGAUCAAAAAGUAAUAGUAUCAAGCAUCAAUUCCAUUUUCGAUGCAACAGUUUGCGACAAUUUUGAACAAAGUUACGGAAUUUUGAAAUUCGACAAAGUUUCGAGUAUCCUCGUACUUUUGAGCGACGAUAUAUCCUCAAAAAGGCGUACACGCAAAAAAACAUGGAAUCAGUGCCGAUCCGACAUCCGUGGGUUAUCGGUUCUUCUUGCUUAUAAAUAUAUAUAUAUAUAUUCUUUUUUUACAUAUAACAUUUAAAGGAAUCGCCAGUGCCGUGUUGAAAGCGAAGUCAUCCUAAAGUCCUGGUCAUCCGCGACGCGGCGCUCGUUUACCCUCUGUAUAGUAAUUAUUAUUAUUAACCCUUAUUACCAUCAUUAUUAUUACGAUCAUGAUUAUCGAUUACGACUACCGUUAAGCGAAGUGCGCGAGCGAAUUUUCGAUCUGAACGACAUCCAUCGGAUGAUUCCAUUUGAAACGGAUGAGGGAGGAUCGUUCGAUCCGAUCCCUGUCGCGAUCGACAGGGGAUCGAGAUCCUGUUGCUGUUCGAUCUCGUGGCUCGGUAAUCCACUAUAAAAUCGUUCUCGUUUCGUUCACCGGACACGCAUCGCCCGGGAAAUGUCAAUUAGGCUGUGAUUAUCUAAACAAAACGAACAAGGGUUAGCAAAAGGUGGGCGACAGUGACGACAUCGGCAAGAUCGAACUGCCUCUUGAAACCAAAGAAAAAGGGAUCGAUAGAUCGUCCGAACCGGCUGAAUGUGCAUACAGCUUUUUCCCUUAACUUUAUUUACCUAGUCUACGUCUAGUCAUUUUUAUGCGUUUACCAGAUUUGUUUCUUUAAUAAGGUUAUUUAUUUAUUGUAUAUUUUCAUUGGGAACGGUGUACCCCGUCUACCUGGGGCGAUAGCAACUUUCGAAAAUUCGACAAAAGUUCUGUGAAACUUGACGAUGAUGCAAGAUUGGAACAAGUACACGUGAAUAUUAGGAUGCAUACAUUCUAGACACACAAAUCAACUGCAAUUUCUUUUCGUUUACACUGAAAAUGCACAGAAGAUUUCGUGUCGAACUGUUUCUACUAUCUGAUCUCUAUACUCUCCUUAGAAUAUACCCGAGGAACCAAUCUAGUCUCCAGACACUCGGUAUCUUACGUUGUAUUUCGAGUUAUUGUUCUACGUUUUAUCGUUUACUUCUUUUUGUUUUGUUGGCGUUGCUUGUUAUUCUAAAUGAUUUUUUAAACGAUCAGAGUAUCGGGUUUCGCACAGAGCAGACCUGACUGAUACGCGUGCGACCCGCACGCGUGGCCCAACCGUUGUUACGGUUUGAAGUGAGCAGAGACAGCGCAAGAUACUCACGCGAUUAUCGAGUAUUUUUCUGAGCACGAUAAAUGAAACAUUCGGACAUUUAACGAGCGGUGCCCGGUGGAAUCACGCGGUUUCACGCGAGCUUUUUCGAUUUAGGCGAACACGAUCGCGGUCAGAAGCCAGGCAAUAGAGACGGCGACGGGGGAUGAUAAAAAAACAAAAUGGGGUUUAUCGGAACGAAAACCAAACGCGUUGAGAGAACGGUAGAGAAAAAAAAAAUAAACUAGCGUAGGCGAGCGAUGGAACGGGGAGGAGAACUCCGAUCUAGCAGAAAUAAUCAACCAAAGUACCAACAACUAUUCUAUAUAAAUAUUUAAAUAUGAAUUAUUGAAGAAGAAGUAUAUAAAUAUAUAAAUAUAUAAAUAUAAAUACUAUAAAUAUGAAAUAUAAUAUAAAUAAAAAAAAAUGAAUAUGUGUAUAUAUGUAUGUGUACGUAUGUCGUCUAUAUACAUACAUAUGUGUACAUACAUUAUCAAUAUAUACAUAUAUUGAUUCAAGGAAAAUUAGAGACUUAGUAAAUUAUUAUUGAUUAGGUAAAUCAACAUGAAAUAAAUUACUAACUUCGGGGGACGGAGAAAUGGGGAGGUGGCGGCUCUAGUCUGGCGCGAUUUAAGACGCGACUAAAGGCUAUCGCAAGUUUAUACACUAUUUAAAUGAAUAUAGUUAUUGCUACGAGUGAACGGAUUUAUAUGUAAAUGAAUACAUGUGUACACACGUAUGUGUACAUAUGCGCGCGUGUGUAUACAUAUCUUUGUUUGUAUAUUUGUACGUUCACAAAUAUAUAUAUAUACACACACACAAACACACGUACGAACACACACAAAAAAAAAUAAUGUAUUUAUAUUUUAGGGGCAGGCAACCCUUUUUCUUGCUUUGAAAUCUGUUCGUAAAUUCGUUGCCUGUUCAGACACUCGCGUACAGUAAGUACUAAUGAAAAAUUAAAACGAAAGGUGGGGUGUGCUAUAAAUUCCUCUCCCUUGACGAGCUCGAAUGGCUUGCUAAUUAUUGACGAUAUAAAAUACUAUUAUAUUAUAUGAAGAAUCAAUUAAUACUAAUAACUAAUUUAUAAUAACAAUAAUAAUAAUAGUAAUAAUAAUAAUAAUAAUAAUAAUAAUAAUAACGAUACUUUAUAAUACGUACACAUAAUUUAUACUACACGGUAAAAAUACGUAUAUAUUCUUGUCAUUUUUAGGAACGCUAAAUUUGUUUAUAUACGUGCGUGCACGCGUAAACGUAUAUCUCAUUGUACACACGUAUGUACAUGUACGCGUGUAUGUACGUAUACCUACGCAGGCCGACGUAUUGAGAACGCGAGCGUAGAUUCGUGAUGUUGAAACAAGUAGAAGCCCGUCGGAACGACGUUGCCGAGAAAAGCGUGAGAAAAAAUCUUAGCCACGUGCUAAAAACGUGCAUACAGUUCUAAAAAAGUAUGUUUUGCGAUUAACGACAUAUAUCGCAAACGAGCGCGUCGAAAUCGGUCAUGUGUUGAUAUACAUAUUGCGAAACCGACGACCUUUUCAUCUCCCCCGUUUCGAGAGGGAUCCGACGAAAGGGAAAUGAGGAAAAGAGUACGAACGGCGAUGUAAUUUCAAUAUACAGGAUGAACCACCCAACUUAACAUUAAAUAUGACUUAAAUCAACUGUUUUAUAUAAAAUUAUUUCAUAUAAAGGUGCAUCGUAUCGAAGAGGACAUAGAAACAGACGUUACUUUUUUAUUGCCUUCUCUUCUUUCAGAAAUAUCAGGGUCAUCUCUGCAUUUUCAAACGAAAUAUCAAAUUUUGAUUCUGCCAUUCGAAAGGGAAUCGAAUUUUAAGUGGGAAAAUAUUAGAGUACAUGUAGUCUAUAGCUAGUAUCUGUCGAGAUACAGACUUGCGAGAGUUCGUUCGAUAAGUGGCAGGAUCGUUUUAGUAAAAUGAGUAAUUUGCAUCGUAUGAAAGAAAGUAAAAUAGAGCCUUGUCGUCAAAUGUGUCUUUAAUAACACACUCUAUAAUCGCUAGAAAAUUUGAGCGUGAACUCGCGACGUUUACUGAACGAAUUUUCGCGACACUUAACGAAGAUUCCUCCGUAUCUCAAUAAAUACUAGCAAUAGAUUAAACAUACCCAUAUAUUCUUUCACUCAAAAUUUGAUUCUCUACCUAACAGCGAUUCCACUUAAAAAAGUCCAAGAUAACCAGAUUAUUAAAAAAACGAUUCAUACCUCUUAUUUCCCCCUUGAUACCAUGCAAAUUUCCCAUGAAAAUAUCUUCUAUAGAACACUGGACUUAAGAGAUAUUUAAAACGACAAAGUUGAGUGAUUCGCCAUGCAAAUAUUGGCUGACAAAACAAAGGCGAAAUCGCAACAAAACGGAGCUGGGCGAUAAUCUGUCCGUAAUGCAAAUAUAAGGGAAGGAAAUACCUUAGUAUUAACGCGACCAUACGUUUGCUAAUCCGAGGUGCAAUCAGAGACCAUAAGAGCAAUCGCGAUCAGAAGCCGUGAGUACGCAAACAGUGAUCCCAGCCAUAGCGACGCGAGCGUAAACAUAAUUAGAAGACGCGUGCAACGCGCGCGUGUCUAUCUUUGCCCGCUUGAUGCAUUACGUGCGCAGCCUGCGGAAGGGCCUGCGACGACGGCGCAACCUACGAGGGUUGCAUUUCCUAUGGCAUUGUGUACACCAGUUCCACGGUACGCGUCAGGCAAAGAUGAUUAGCGGAUUAGACACGGCUAGGUGCUCGUCUCUGCGAGUUUCAUAUUACACAUGACCGUGUGGGGUCUCUUCGUUGGAAUCGAAUCGGCGCGUUCCGUUUUACAGGCACAACCUGUUAGUAUCGUCACCCAUUGGCAGGCUACGUCGCCAGUUCCCCCUCAUCAUUUCACGUAUGCGUCGCGUAAUCGAUCGAUUAUAGUUGCGUUUCAUUAAAAUGUGCUACUGCGAGUCCUCUCUCACUCGCACGCGUCAUGUAUCGUUUACCUACUCGACACGUUAUUUUAAACAGAGUUGAGCAGCGAUUUGUUACUUUGUUAUUAAUUUUUUAAUCGAUUAAAGAAAGUACUCGUGAUAACCAUAAUCUCUAACCAAGUGUUCUACCAACAACUUAUUCGAUCGUAAUCAGAAGUGUUUUCAUUUAAAUCGAUUUUGCACCGAAUCCUGUCUAAAAGACUCUCUUCUAGUAUCCCUUCCAAGCUCGAGGCUUGUGGGGAUGGCCACGCGCCUCUUAGACAGGGAAUGUGUUACACCUCCUAAACAGAAUCAGAUGACACUCUUUUCUUUAAUCUUUUCUACAUUUAGUUCGCGUUUAUCAGUCCAUCAUUUUCAGUAUUCAUUACUUCGAUCAUACUUCGAACCAAAGAACUAUACAAACCUGAGAUACAAUUUAGGCGAAGGGAUGAUAGACGGUUAAAGUGAUUACUUAGAACCACACGCGCACACACGAACAAACCAACCCAGACACACACGUAUACACACUUAGAUACACGCGCACGCGCGCGACCGACAAACACGAAUAUAGAGAAAAUGAAAAAUAAAGACAUGUAUACUGGUAAAAGCUUGUAUGCAAGCACCAAUUGAUAAUAUCACUACGAUCUAAGCUUUUUAAUGUUUAACAGUACUAAUAGCGAAUAUCAAGGAACACAACCUACCCUAAACGAGUAACUAUAAAUCCAUAUAAAUAUAAAUGUACACAUAUAUAUAUAUAUAAAUAUAAAUACGAAGGUAACGACGAUUGUAAACAAACCAAAAAAAAAAAAAAAUACAACUAUUUUAUCCAACAAAGUUUUUGCUACAACCGAAGUAGUAUGCAUCUUACUAUUGAAGUAAAUGAGACUUAAGAGAGAAAGAAGAAAUAAGUAUUCUUAGCUAUUAAGGUGACGAAGAGAAUAAUGAUAAUAGUAAUCUGUGAGGAUCAGCUUUGAAUUUAUUUUUACAUGACGUGAUGUAAUACCGAGACGAAUUCGCGGCUUGUAAAUUAACGGCACGUCAGAGUAUCGAAUUUCUUAUCGAUUUCGUCGAGAAUCGACGAGUCUCACUGAUCUCUGCUGGCAAAAGGCUCGACAGACGAAAAUCGAUACUCGCGGCGGUCGUUGUCCAAACGAUAUUGCCCAAAAAACCAUAAAAAUUACCUGGGAAACUUGCCAAAAAAAAAAAAAAAAAAAAAAAAUAACAGACAAACAAACAAAAGAAAAACGAGUAGCAAGCAACUUCUGCGUUCUUCGAUUUCAUUAAUUCGCGUAACAGUGUUGCGCUACCCGCAGCAGAUGAUUACGACUUAUCCCUCCCACACAAAUUUCCUGGUAAUUUCAUGGUGGUAGCGGGGACACGCACGAAGAUUCGAUGGGAAACGGGAACGAGUAUAAAUCCUCCGCUCUCGAUUGUGUAUAAUAAUCUCGAUAAUAAUAAUGAUCAAACAUCUCAUAUAGACGUACUUAGUAAACUUUACCACCGCACUCGCACAGAAUUACAGCAGAAAACGAAUCAACCCUCUCGACACAGCUAUAACGCGUCAUCGAUCCAAAUUUUACGUGGAAUUACAUUGGAUUCAAGUCACGCGCGCCGCGACCUGAUAUCCGGUAGCCGUGGUGUCGGUGAUACUAGGAAACAGGGUAUGUUUUUGCAAUUAUUUGCGUAACUUGUAAAGAACUAGCAACAAAAUAAAUAAAAAAAUCUACACGUACAUACACACAUAAACACAUACGUAAACACAGACACACAUACACACAAACACACGUACAAACACAUGCGCGCACAUCAGCAAAUCACACGUAUACAUAUGAUAGCACAGAUACGAUCACACAGGUACGUUUCCUACGCCCAAUACGUACACGGGUAUUCGUAUUACACGCGAAUCGUAAUACGCGCACCAUACGACACGGCAGACGAGCGGAGCUAAACACUAUAAACUAAUCGUACUAUCUUUAACUGUAUGAAUAUUAAACUAAAUACGUCUCGUUGUAGGCUUUAAGCGCGACUCCACACAAACACACACAAACUUGCAGACCCCGGAUACGAAUUUUCAUCGUCAUCGUCGUCGUUAUACGGUUAUGAAAAGGAACUUACGCGUCGGUACUCUCAGCUCAUGUUUCGCGAUACGAGAAUAUUAACGUUACGCGUGCAAUUAAUCGCUAUCGAACGGGGAGACACGUUUCACGCGAAUAGCUCGACUAAGCGAGAGUGAGGGUCCAAGCGCGCAUGCGUUAGAGCGGUGCGCGCGGUCAGUCGAUCCCGUUCAACCCCAUCGCGAGAUACGCGUCCGCCCACGUUCCUCACUAUCGCUUGGUAUUUCACGUUUCAGACUUGUUUGCAGCGAGGAAGCAACUGUCUGAUUUCACCGUUACCAAACUUGUCACGGAGAGUAAUUACAGUCUUCGAGUUUCGCGUCAAGUAGGAAAGAUGAGAGAGAGACUGUACACGAACGUGUCGCGUUAAUCAUCCAAGCGUCGGGCGAGUCAACAUCCUCGUUCUUCCUUCCCUUUCCUGCGUUCCUUCGUCUUCUUCGUACAUUUUUCACACACGUACACGCGUAUACACACAAAUACACGGUGUAACGAUAAAAAAAAAUAACCAUGAUCGCUUUCUCGACGCUCUUACGCGUGCGCGCGUACGCCAGCCAAGAAGUGGAGCAACUAGGAAAUUAGUUGACGAUCGUAAUCUAACGAUAGAUUCGCAGUUGUCUAACGAUUUAAACGAAACGCGCGCGCGUGUAAAUAAAUAAAAAAAAAAAAAAAGAAUCGGCAAGUUACUUUAGACAAGUUCAAGCCGACCGAUGUCAAUUCCUUCAGGUACGCUUACGCGUUAUCGCAAGAACAAUGCGGAAAUUCGGUUUUUUCUAACGUACCAAAUCGAUGUCUUUUCCUUGCGGUUGUAUUAACGAUAGAAUCGGCACGCGAUUGUUGUAGUCGUUGGUCAUCCAAAAUUGCGUAGUAUGUUCGAGUCGUAGGUACGAGAAUCAAAACAAGAAAAAAAUAAAUAAAUACAAAGAACAAAAAAAAAUAUGAAUAAAAAGAAAAGAGUCACGGUAUAUCUUGUAUAUUUACCCGGCCAUAUUUCGAUCGACUAUCCGGGACCAAUCAUACUUUCUGACUUGAAACAACGCGUUCCCUAGUUCAGCCGUUCGGUGUGCCGGAAACUCUUUAGGCGAUCACUACGUUUAGAUAGCGUGAUAUGCUGCACGGAAACACGAUUUACGUUCGACACCUCCAUUCCGCUAAAUUUCACUAAACCUGGCGAUGGGACUGAGACACGUUUGGAUUCUGUCGAUACAUCAACUCGACUCUUUAUUUACAUCGAGCGUACAAAAAGCUUGCAAUUAUUUUCCCAAUUCAUAUUAUCACAGUCAUCUUGGCAAAGUAUACAAAUGAGAUACUUAUUCUUUCAAUCUAUUAAUCAUUAUGCAUUUUAUUUAUCCUAUGUCAAUUUUUGGACAAUAAACGCUAGAUUUUCCCAAAUCCAUUUAGCCAGCCUUCGUACAAUUAAACAUCAAAUAAAUUACGAUGCACAAGUAUAAAUUCCUUGACAUUACACUCAAAAGACUCAACAAUUCGUAACCUAUUUUAUACUUCAAUCCAGGUCUAUUCUCUUCGGUUCCCAACAGUACACAACCUCAACCGUCAUUGAGAAAGACGGAGCUAUCCGGACAGCACUGCUUCCAAUUCUUUCAAAAAUAAUCUCCCAACUCGUUCGUAGGAUGGGCGAAAAAUUCCGUUCCCUUUCGUUCCUCCGUGAAUCGACGAUUUUUAACGCCUGUAGAGAAAUCCGACUCGAAAGCUGCGCGUCCACGGGAGAAGCAAAAGUUUAGUCUUAACAACCGUAGCUCGUCGCUGCCGUGCAAAUCUACAGGCACGAAGACACGUAGUCGUUCGUCAGCGUUACGAGGACCGUUCCAUCGAAGCGUUCGUUUGUUUUCAUUUAGUCGGGGCUCGAUGUACCCGGUGUUUCUUCGAGACCGAUCGCGAUUGGAACGUCGUGUCGAUAUACCUCGCGGACACCAGUCGAAUAAACGAGAGAGAACAAAAUGGAAAAAGUACCGGAGAAAAAAAAAGAAGAUGAAAAUGUUGAAGUAACCGAGCGACACAGCGAGAGAGUGUGCCGCACGAAUUGUCGAAACGAAAUUGGGACGCGUUGCGUAUCGUCGAUUCGUGACGUUGGAGUCGAUUAGUAGAAGAGAAUUGAAUUAAACGAAUGCGACUCAGCGAAAAAGGGUCAAAAAACAAGGGGAAAAGUCGACACGCGAAUUUUCCUGAUUAAUUCUCGGACAACGCGAUGAAUGUUCGGGUAGACGUGGGGACCGAACGCUCGAGAAUUCGGGACGUUGGGAUCGAUCGAGAUCUAAGGGUGCCCCGAUCGGACGAGAAACCAUCGCUCGAGGGAUCCUACGUCUCCGUAGUCGCACCACUCCCCCGAUGACUGCGCGUCACGAAUCGACCCUAGGAAGUUGCUACGAAUCUUACGUUUAGAAAGUAGUUAGGCCAACAUAGCGCGAGAUAAUGCUGUGGGAAAAAUAAAACGGGGAUAAUCCGACGUGCGCGAGGAACGUAAAUAAGAUUUUAAUGAAACGUGUAACGAGGGAUUCGUGAGCGCCCGUGUCUCUGUGUACGUACGUAUAGAUACCUAUAUAUACACACACGAGUGCGUACGUGUGCCGAGAUGCGCGCGAACACGCGUGGCUCCCGCGAAUAUGUUUAAACUAUAACAAAAAAAAAAAAACAAAAAAGAAGAAGAGGUGGAGAAUUGGUGAGGAAAAAAUUUGCAUAUAGGAUAGUUUUAUAUAGCGUACCAUCUAGGCGUAUAAGCAAACGAUAUGCAUAAACAAUUACUAUGGUUAUCGCUAACGUCUAAGGUUAUAAGCAAAAUGAAGUAUAAACAAAGUAUCGCAGUAUAAUCACUUAUACCGAGAGGUGGGGGGGGGGGGUGGGGGGGAGGUUAAUGGUGAGAGAUAAGGAAAAAUACACAGAUAUACACUUACGGGACAGAUGAGUUAGCCGGAGAAAUAUAUAAAUAUUAUAUAAACGCGCGAGUAUAUGAUUGACUUAGAGGUAAAUGAACGCGUCGAGAAAGGGAGAGCGUGUGGUAGGCUGAGAGAAAGGGUGGGAGAAAAAGAAGAAGAAAGUGAGAGAGGUGAAAAAAAAAGAGCGAAAACACUAAAAAUGAUUAACAAACAGAACAUAUUUUAAAUAAUUAAUCGCCAAACGAUAAGUUUUUAACUCUAACCUCCUAGCGCGUAAGAAACCGAAAUAAUAUACGAAAUAGAAAAUAUAUAUAAAUACAUAAUGAUUGAAAGUCGACUCUAAAAUUAAAUGUAAACCGAAAGCAUACUUCUUAUAAACAGCCGCGCGGGUAUAAACAUCUAGACAUUUAUCUUGAGCCACGAUGGAUCUCAAGAAGUUUAAGAGGAAUUUAGGGCGCCAGUGAAACCUCGAGUAACUUUGCUGCUCGAUUAUUUGCCUCGAUCGGUACGGUACGAUGCGAUUAUUAUACUCGUCUCGUCGUCGUUUUUAAAAUGCUUCUAUUUUUGCUCGCGUCACCCACUGUGCUGGAUCAAUGUCGAAGAACCGAAUGGAACGCGUUUACGUUGAUAAAGGGGGCAUACUAUAAUUGUCACGAAUCGAAAAAUUCAACGGCACGGUCAGCAAGCGAUUUAUAAUAAAUAAGAACAAGAAAACAAACGUGAGCCCUUUUUACAGUGUUCGUGAGGGGGGGAAUUAGGCUAUAUUCAGAGCAGCAUGUACGGAAAUAGAAUAUUGUGCCAACAUUGAAUCUUCCAAAUCAAUUUCCACUUUGAACACGAAUCAACUAUCGUAGCAAGAGACAAUAUUAGGAUAUAGAAGGAAUUGUUUAUCGAUAAACGUGCGUAACAAUUUUUCAGCCAAAUCGUAACGCGGUCCUGUUGUGGUUCUUUCUCAUUCGAGUUGGAUUUAGUACCUGCUGCGCGAUGAUUAAAUUGUCUUCGGUUCUCCAAAUUCCGUGGAAAUGUGCUCGAAAAUUUGGGAUCACUUGCUCGAAUAAAUGUAAAUUUAAAUUUUAUUCGUGGGAAUAAAAAUAUGGGCAGGAAUUGGAGUUUUUUUUUAUAUGUUUCAAGUUCGUACGUAUAAUUUCAGAAAAUCAACGAACAUUCGCCAGGAUUUAUUUAAAAUCAUGUCAUUAGCUUCUUGCUCCUCUAAUGGCAAAAUAAUUAAUGUCGCUCAAAUGCUUUCAAAAAUAUUACAAUUUAUUUCUGGUAAGCCUUUUAAAUUCGAUGAUUACAAAUGAAUUUAAUCAAACAUUGUUUAACUGCGAUUAUAUCUCGAUUUAGUCUUUUCCGCGAUGAUACGUUCAGUCGAAAUAAGUAUUAGAAUGACACUCGACAGGUUAGGUUUUCUUGGCGAAUCGUUAGAGGAAGAAAUGCUAAUGACGGGAAUGGCUCGGUUCCUGGAAAUUGUAAUGUGCCCCUUCGGCGCCUGCUCGGAGUGCAACAGUUGGUUAACAAGUGGCUCUUUCGUACAAAACGGUGGCGAAUCGCGUUCAAGUCACCGGACGAAAUAAAUCCUGAAACGUUCUCAAGAUUAAAUCGUACUUGAACUUCUCCAACCGUGGCUUUUCAUCGACGAUGAAAAUUCGUCGGACUCGUUUCCUUCAAGCUUGAACAUCGCGACAACGAUUAAACGGCGAAAUACGCUUGCAAUCUCCCAUCGUUAAUCAUUCCAUCCCGUGAGCAAGACAUUUCACGCUUUAUCAAAGGAUUUCGUGAUAAAUAAAGUAGCUUCAACAAAAUAGAAAAUUCGAUACCUUGGAUUGGAAACAUUUUGUUAGCAAAAAUGAUUGAAAAGAGUCAUGUACAGAGUGUACAAUGUCGAUAAACGUCUUUGUAAAUUAAAAAUUUUCACAAAAUUUUAUGGGACUGUCGCGAUAGUUCAACGUUAGAUCGCGAAUCUUCGUCAUCGACCAUGCUCUUAUACUGGUCGAUACUAACCAAGGCUUCCAAGUGUAAGUUACGGGUAAACGAACUUAUUCAGGAGUCAAACAAUAUACUGAUAUUGUAUAUGAUGACUAACAUACAAUAUUAGUAAAUCAUUUAACCCUUGAAGUAACUAUCUUAUCCAUAAUUAACACUAAGAAGUCUCAGAUUUAGUAUCAACUAUGAAGAACCGUAUCGUGAAAGCCUCGACCACCUAUCCUCCUAUAUUGUUUGCAGAAACGCAGGCUUCUUCGUCGUAACGCUUCUAGAAAAUUGUCGAGCACUGAUAUUCCGCGCAAGGGAAAGGAAAACCUUUGAAUUCUAUUCGCGAGCGAACUCGAGAGCUCGAUUGCUUCGACGGUGAAACAUUGAACGAGGGAUCGAGAUAUUUUUAAAUACCGUUACAUGUUAUACCUGCUUCAAGCUUUUCCAAGCAAACGACAGUUGCAAGGCAUGAUGCGUAAAACGAGCCGAGACGUUCAGCAACUGUCCGAAACGAGAUUGAAGAAUAGUCACGCCCAGAUCAUACCGUCCAGAAAAAAAUGUGAAAUUUCGUUGUACGUUCGCCCGAAUAGCUUUUUAACGCUUGCAAACAAUUUGAACGUGGUUAGAGCGCGCAGCAGUAUUCGUAACUAAUCGUUAUAGACUCACUAUAGCUUCCUCUUCGCAGGGAAUCGCGGCAGUCGUCGAAGAUCGAUGCGUGUCGAGCAGCUGUCGUUGAACACGAAAAAUGAUUAAAAAAAAAAAAUAAUACAAAUAAAAGAUAAACGACUUUUUCUAUAUCACAAAAGCGUGCAACUUAUUUUGAGACUGAUUUAUACAACUUGCUCCCUGAGAUCUCGAUAUAAAACGGUGCAAUUAGAUACUCGCGAGGUCUGCGAAUCUAUAGUCAGAGAGACCACGAGAGCGAGAGAAAAUCUCUGGUAGUUUCUAGUCAAGAUCGUUUAGAGUUUGUCCGAGAAUGUCGGUCACCAUCGACGUUGCAAAUGUACCAAAGAUAACGCGAGUCGAUUGUUUCUUCUCUGUUCUUUCCUUUCAUCAAGAUGUAUAUCGGACACAUAGCGUAGCUGGAGUGCGAACAGUCGUGCGUGGAUAAUGAACGAAUCCAAACGACCCUAGAACGUGCUGACUCGACUGAUUUCAUUAGAAAAUGACACUAAACGUAGUAGGAAAUUCGAGAAAAAAAUGUCGGUGAUUAUUUAUAAUUGUGACUGCCGCAUCAACUUCGAUAGACUUGAAAUAUGGAGCAGAGGGGAUGUUUUCUAAACACAUUGCCAAUCGAUUUGAAAAAUGUAUUUGCACCGAGGGUGUACAAUACGAAAUCAAAGAUGUUAUUGUGAGAAUUAAUUUUCAAAAGAUGUAUCUGGAUAUAUGAAAUCACUCAUAGUGCUACUGUUGCAUAGGCUCUUAGCUUCUUUCGAUUAAAAUUCUCCCAUUUGCAAUUAAAGAAAGUACUUAUUUAUACAUUACUUCGUUAGAAAGAAUAACGUUUACUAACAUUGAUAACAAUAUACACGAAAUACUCAUCAAGAAAUAAUGGUUUUAAAAUUUUUAAAAAACUUCAUCCUCGAAUGGUUCCAGCAGUCUGUCAGGGACCACUGGAACCCCUAUAGCUCGGGUAUCUCGGGGUUGCCAACCCCGUACUGUAGCUACAAUCAAAUAUAUUCUAGCUACAGCCCCUGAGGGGCAACGUGUUGAGAUAUUCAAAAGCAUCCCCCCUACAAUAUAAUUCGAGUUCACUGAAGAAUCAGUGAGGCAUUAACAAUUAAAAAUAAUUACAAAACUGUCUUCUUCCGAGCUGAAGGACGAGAAAUCUAAAGGAAACUAGUUAUGAUUUAGCGCGUUUCAAGCUUCCCGCGUCUACUUCCGCCAAUGAUCGACCGGUCGCGGAGAAGAUCUACUACUGUGGAAAGAUUUCACUAUGUCGAGCAAAUAUUCGAUCGACGAUGUCGGGCAUGACGUUUCACUCGCGUUCUCGGGUUAAGGCUCGCUUUUGAUCGCUGGAUCGCUCCGAGAACGACUUGACUGCAUCCCGUGCUCGAGGCUAAAAAAAAAAAAAUGUAGAAUUUUUUAACUGUACUUACGACUAUAACCUAGCCUGUAUAUUUUUACAUAUUAAAUAUAGGGGAACGAAUUAAAAGUUGACAUGCGACAGGCGCGAAAGGCGAAACCAAGAGAUACAUGCUGAGAUAAAAUAAAAAGAAACAAACAAACAAACAAACAAGAAAGAAAGAAAACCAAAACAAAAUGACGUCAGCAGACGCGUAAACGAGGGAAUACGUUAGAGACAGGAAACACCGUACACGCGCACACGAAGUAAAUUGACUAACACACUCGUACAUGUAUACCUAGAAUUUAUACACGUAUAACACAUCCAUCGCGUUCACAUUCCCGAAGACACACACACACGCGCGCGCGCGCGCGCGCAUGCACGCACGCAAGUGAAAAAAAAAAUAUCCUCCUGCCUUCAGAGAAAGGAUAUAAUAUUAUACAGAUCGUAAAAUUGAAAUCAGUUUUAUUGUUGAUUUCGGGGUGGUAUACAAUAAAGAAAAAAAAAAAACAAUUUUGUAUUCGCCGGCCCUGGCCCGUUCUUUCGGGUACCGGGGCCCGAAAACGUUGCGUAGUAUAAUCAAACACCGAUAUACAAUGCAAGUUUCUCCCGGCGGUCGAGCGUCGCGGACCUCGAGGAUCUUCGGGAUUCGCCAGAAGUAGAGUAUACACAUUUUUCUUCCCACGAAAUUACGAGUGGCGAAUCACAUGGUCCAGGAUGAAUGCUUUGCGAUUCCGAGGACUCGUCGAUGUUUGCGCGCGGCACCGAACGGAUUUGUACAUAAGAAAACAAAAAAAAAAGGAAAACGAAAGAAAAGAAUUGCAACGCGGCACGAAGCGCGCGUAACAUGCCGGUGUACACGUAAUGUCCUACAUAGCGAAGUACUAAACUAUAUAGUGCAUGAAAAUACUACAAACAAAUAUAUAUAUAUAUAUGAAAAAAAAAAAUAACAUGAGAACGUUCGUUGCACGCGCGGUGACGUUUCUGGCGACGCCCUCUCCCUUUUUGCCCCGAAAGACGCGUCUCGCCCUCGACGCCGCGAUUCUCGCACGAGAAAUGCCACGACAGCAAAACCGAUGCUUCUCCGAAAGUCAAUUUAUCGAUUACGUAGCUUCUCCGUGGUAUUGGAUUGGUAUUCGUGUACAUAAUGGUUACGUUUGUUGCGCAAAUAUGCUCGAGUAUAUUUUUUGUUACGAUCCGGGGGUGAUUGCCUUUCGAACCGGGGGCUGCGACUAUACUUGGCGAAUCUUUCUUUGGUCGAAUAUUGAAACCGAAUACCGUUCCGAAUACAUCGCUGUUCGAGUACUGGUCGGAAUACUUUUGAUUAUUCGAGUGCUGUUCGAAUACUUGAAUAUUAGAGAUCGAGGAACAUUAUUCCUUGGUUGAUUAUAUUAUUAUGAAAAUCGAUCGAAUGUUUCUCUAACUGCUACUCUCCUGGAGGACAUAAUGUUGUAUAGUGGAAUAAAAAGAAUGCUUCCCGUAAUAUUUUAUUCUCAUUAAAAACACCCAACAAAAUUAUUGUCUGUUUCGAAACAUAUGAAAUUAAAUUUAACAUUAAAUUGAUCACGUCACGACUAAAAGAAAACAUUUCGUUAGUUUUUCCAUGGGAUUCAAACAAUUUUACACACUAUGCCCAAUCGUCGAAGCAGUAAUACUCGAGUAAUCUAAGUCUAUUCGCAGUACCCAAAUACCCACAAGAUAUUCGAAUAGUCCCAGCAGCCCUACUUGUAACCGAACGAGGAAGGGAUUCUAGUCAAGAUAUCUCAUUGGCGAAAUACGCGAGAAAGAUUUCGACUUGGAAUCGAGAGAUCGUGAUAAUUUGUUCAAGGUUUCGUCGAACAAUUGCGUCUACGACUAAAAUAAAAGAUAAACGAAAUUGCAUCGGUUCUGUAUUUGAACGCGAUCAGGCUAGGACACCAUAAUUAUUUCAACGCAUGGCAAGCACGUAUAAAACAAAUGGCGCCAUAGAAAGACGUGGUACCGCCGUAGACGCCAGUAGUCCACGUGCUCGCCGUGCGCCGAAACAAAUAUGGCGCCAGUUAAAACAUUGUUAGUUAGCAAAGAAUCGAUGGAAAAGCACAGCAUCGCGAUCGACGCGCGAAAGGCUGCUCGAGUAACUUUUGUAAAACGCUGGGAAGAUGAGUGUUAAACGCGAGCUAACUUAUUGUAAGUACAACAGUAUUAAUCCCCCCUAACGAUAUAAUAUAAAAGUUACAUUCACGAAUUGGUCGAACGACGAGAAAUAUUAUUGCGAAUUAAUAUAUUAUUAUUAUUAUUAUUGAUCAUCGAUUACCACUAGUACCGUUAUCAUUAUCAUCGUAGUGUCGCUAUUACUGACAUUACCGAUUAUGCUUAAACGCGAGGAAGGGUCGUUGCAUCGAAUGCAGACUGAAAAGGAAAGAACAGUCUCGCAACGUCGAACGACGAAGAAACCGAGAAAAAAAUUUGUCUGCAAGAGAGUGCACGUGCGAGUGAACCUGACGAGGAAGGGGUGGACAGAACCGUUGAGAGCAACGAGGCCAAAAAAGAGCAAAAAUAAAAAAAAAAAAGAUAGAAAGAAUGGAAAACGGUGAAAACGGGAAAGAGAGGCAAGCGUAGAUAAGAAGUAAUUUAUAACGGUAGUAUGGUAAGCAAAGGGGAAGAGUUUUAGCAUAUCAACGCGAUAAAUUUUACGGAGACAUACGCGGUUAUAGAAAUAUUUCGAUAAUGUAUAUGUAUUUAGAAAAAAAGGGGGAGAAUCGAACGAGAGGGUUGAUGCGGUUUACCGACGCCUCGAAGACGACGAAAUGGCGGCCGCGUCGAAUAGCGUCACAACCUCCAACGACGCAGCGGUUAAUUAUUUUUCAAUAACCUCGGAAAUGCACGUACAACCAUGGAAACUCGUGACAGGAAAGGAUGGCACAGCGUUUGGGCUGAUCCGCCACUAUUUCGAAUUUGCGAGAUCGAUUUCGAACCGUUGCGGUUGCGAGUGGUCGUCUUCGUGGCCGCGGCAAGCUGCUGGUAAAAUUUUUAAGCGCACGCUAGAAGAACGGUAACGGUGGUCGCGGUGUUGCGAGAAUAUGUUAAUAAUUUCACGGCAAGAACCGUUGCAACACACAUACAUACAUACACACAUACAUACAUACACACGCCGUGGAACAAAGUUAUAUCGAACCGCGAUGCGAUUGGUUGAUAGUUGACGCGUCCCGUCUCGAAAUUCGUUCCAGGUUUGCGAGAGGAUUUCCGCCGUUUCUACUAGCGAUAGAGAAUUGUUAUGUUAUAGAAGUCUAUGAAUGAACAAAGAAAAAAAAAAGAAACAGAGUGAGGAAAAAAUGGUAGAAAUGGGGAAAAUAGGGGCAGAGGGCGAGAAUGGAGAAGGAACGUUGGAAAGGGAGAGGAGAGAGAGAAUGUGAGAGAGAGAAAGUAAGAAAGAGAGAGAUAAAUAUGUGAAAGCUUUUUUGAAGAAGGAAUUUGGAAAGCAGCACGAACGGACGACAUGUCAGUUUGGAUUAUUAUUUUCCUAAGGAACGUGUAAUAUAAAUAUGUAAUGUAUAUCAAUAUGACGAAUUAACAGCAUCAUCGCGCGAGAUCAUGCUCACACGACGGUGGUUAUAAACACAUUAUUAUUAUUACUAUUAUUAUGGUUAUCGAUUAUGAUUAUUAUGGGAUGAUGAUGAUGAUUAUUAUUAUUAUUAUUAUUAUAAUAAUAACCAAAAAAAAAAACUAAUACAUUACAUUAAAUAAAAAAAAAGUAAUUAUACUUAACACUUAUGUUAGAAAGCUAGAUACAUACAUUCAAAGCAAGCGAGAACAAGAAACCAUUUAAAGAGAACAAAACAAAACGAAAAAAAAGAACAAUUAUCGAAAUUACAUUACACACUGACACGAAGUCUGGUUGAACAUGAAUUAAACGUCGUACAUUUAUAUAUCAGCAUUAGAACACGGUGACAUGUGUGAGAAAUAAGAGGCGAGAGAAAGUGAGGGAGUACAAGAGGAUCGAGUGAGAGAUAGAGAGCGAAAGAGAGCGAGAGAAUGGAAGAGAGAAUUUUUUAGCGUACUUCGAGGGAACCUACGUUUCGUCGAGGAUCGUGACGAAUAGCGUGUCGUUCGUCAAAAUUCCUAUCAGCUUUGUCAAUUGUUAAUCCGAAGAACAACCUUUAAAAUACAUUGCUCGUCGUUUCUAUCUGACGAAAGAGUCAUGGAAUAAAAUCGAUAGAAUUCAUUUAAAAGAAAUAUAAACGCUAGAGAAGAUAACAAAAAAAAAAAAAAUAGAAUAUCCCAGAAUAAAUAAAAUCUCACGAAUCGUUAAACGAAGGAAGGUUCCUCGAGGUUCGUAUUUUCACGCCACAGACGUGUUCCCGUAUUCGACGAAUAGUUCUCUCCUUUGUUCCUGGUUUGUUUCCUUCUCGUUUACGAUUACGUUGACGGAAAACGAAAAACAAGAAAACAAAAAACAAAACAAUACGCCGAGCCGAAAUAAUAAAAGUUAAAAAAAAAAAAAUAACGUUCUGUGUACGACGUACCUUAUCCCAUUUGGAACUCGCAUACAGACUAUUUAAUUAGCUAUAACAGACAUGGCCAUUAGCAAAGAAAAUGUACCAUUCAGAUAGUUUAUCGUUGAAAUGAAAAAAAAAUGAACGGUAAUCAUUAUAGGUAUAUUAACGACAUUAUUUAUAUUAUUACGCAUAUUAUAAAAAAUAAUUGAUAACAAAUACUAAUCCUAGGGUGAAGUAUUUCGAGAAAUGAAAAGUUUGAGAGAGAAUGUUGCGGCCACAUGCGGCGUGAAGGCGGCGGACGCGCCAUUUCGGACGAAAUGGCGUCUCACUGGCGAAAAAAAAAAAAAAUGAACACACAAAGGAGAUGCAUAAACCGCCAAUUACUUUAACUUCGACAGUACUAUUAUUUGUAUAUGCCGAACGAUUAUGCCGUUUUCAGCGCAACAUAUUUUGGCGAUACUCUUUGGUGGUAUAAUUCAUGGUGAUCAAUGUAGGGUGAACCGGGGGGGGGGUUUGGGGAGGGUACGGACAAAUGGUCAACAGGGAGAGGAUAAAGGGAGGGGAUGAAAGGAAAACAAACAAACGAACAAAAUAAAAAAGCAGAAGUUUCUAUACUUUUUACGGAGAUUGUUAUAGAUUAAGCGCACACUGAUCAAGGCAUUCGUCGCUCGGCAAAACAUAAUACAAUUAUUAAUAUAAAAUUUAUAACAGAAAUAAAAUAAAUGAAGUUAAUAAAUAUGUACACUGUAUAAUAAACAUUAUUUCCUAUUAAUAAA